ACAACUUCUUACAAAUUUGAAGUAAGCAUUUGUAAAAUUGUAAUAUAUGGAUAUAUAUUUAUUACAACAAUCAAUCUAUACAAAUUAUAACUAAUAUUCGAAUGUUAAAUUGAAAUCACAAAACUUAAAUUGAAGAUGUGUACGUGCGACAGUUGUGAAUGUUUGGACUACGUCUGUUGUACGCCUAGAGGAAAAGCCGUUUUUUUCUCACUUUGGACAAUUGUUAAUAGCGCAAUUGCCGUUGCUUGUUUGACCUUUGCUACCGCGAGCGCUUGGUUUCUGUACAUCUCUUAUACCGUGACAGCUUUGCAUGUUUUGGGCGGUAUUCUGCUGCUGCUAGGCGUUCUAAGGCACUGGGCAAAGUGUUUUCUUACUGGCAUUAUUAUAAGCUCAUUUUUUCCUUAUUGGUUUAUAUACCUUAUUUACUUAGCAGUUGUCCAAUUGAUCUUUACAAUUACUUCUUGCAGAUAUUAUAGCACUGUACUAUCAAAGGGUGCUGGUCAUUAAAUUAAACUCAUCGAGUACAUAAAUUAAAUUGCGUGUAGAACAUUUUACAAAUUUUAAUGAUAUGGUACAAGACUGUUAAGUCAGAAUCGCAGACAGCACAUUUAAUUUUUAAGCGCAACCAGAUGUUAAAAUUGCUCAACUACAAAAUUCAUGACCUGACCGCUUGGACAACACACACCGGAGUUAUUAAAAAAUGAAUUUCCCACAUAAUGGGACAAAGGAAAGAAGCAUAGCCAUUGCAUAAGACGCAGAUUGCAAUGAAAAUUCUCCAAGCUACCGAUGAUAAAAUCAUGGAACCCCUGAAUGGGAAAUAAUGCCUGGCCUUUAUUCGUUGAAAUACUUUGUGGCUGAUUGAUCAAUAUGAGUCGACUUGCGUAAGCGUACAGUUGGCCUUCGGAUCAAUGUGAUCAGUGCCAUCUUCUAUUGACUGAGAAAACAACCACUAAGAUUAUUAAAAUUGACGAAUUUUGGAAACAUAAUCGUUGUCGAGUCCGUGAGAACCAAGAGCCUGCAUGCUCAUAACGCUAUGGAAUGUGGCUUGAACCUGAUUGAUGCUGUUCCUGUCGAAAUGGGAUCAGACCGUCAUAUAAAGUAUAUAUAGCUCAUGAAGCGAAAUCUGUCUUUACCUGAGUCGUACGAUCGUGUAUUUUUAUGUUUUCCUCAGUUGCUAGACUGUACACUGUGCUAUCAUCCAGGCUUGCCUUCGAGAACCUUUUGAAGAUUCUUUUAUAUAUCGUGCUGACCAUGUACUCUUUCUGGAGCCGUAUUUUCAGCGUAAAUAAAGAAACUGCCGCUGAGUGAAUCAGUUAGGUGUCUUAACAUCAUAAGAA